AUGCGUUCUCGUCCUUUGGUCAGUUUACGAUUUUGUCCCGUGAUCGACGGUGCCUCUUUCUUUCGACUGUUGAAACUCUCUGACGAGAAACUGGAUAAUUCAGGUGGCACGCGUUUGGAUUGUACGCGACGGAUCAAGGAAGCUAGUGAUACGUUGCGUAAAAGAUGGCAGAUGUUGAUCGGAGAGAGAUCGAUUGUCGAUCAUCCGAGCCAGCAAGGAGAAGCGGCGAAGGACGAUACAGAGGAGGAAACAAGAGGAAGUUGCUGGCGAUUAAAGGAGAAUACCAGAGGAAACGAACAGGAUCGGAUAUAACCUUCAGCCGAAAUUGUAUGGGAAAAAAAAAAGAAAAAAAAAAAAUUGUCUACAACUUUAUUAAGGAAAAGAAAAAUGAGUUUGCUGGCUCGUUUGGUUUCAUCCGAAUUCAGCUCACGCGAGAGCAGCAGCUUGCAGGAAUCAGGGAUGGCGGCAGUGGAAAGGGGUUGACGGCGGUGCACGGAGAGGGAUGGUGCCCCAAGGGUGUGUUCCGGAAUCGGGACAUAAUGGCAGACAUUUCAACUGGCCGCUGCCAUCGUUCAACGGUUCGAACUGGUUCAGGGGAGUGGACGAGGGUACUCACCCCCACUUCGAUAUCCAUCGAAAAUAUUUCCAGCCAUUUUUCGCCCCACCAGCGCGGUCUUAAGAAGACCGAGGGUUGUUGAGAGACUCACUCCGAGGGGUUAAAACAAUGGAAAAAGUACCGCCAUCUUUAAUUCCUUCUCCAUCCACCCACCAGCGUAAACGAGCUAAGGCUUUGGCCUCCAGGGUGAGAAGAAAGAAAACCCUAGGAUCGAUAAAUACUUCUUCUACCUCUUUCGUCCAUUGAAAUAAAGCGAUUCCUCGAGGGAUUUUCAUUACUUCUACGAAGGUCUAUUAAACUCAAUUAAUGUUAAAGUAGAUAGAAUUUGAUUGGAGCAAUCAGAAUGGUAGCUAUUUUAAACGAGUUAUAUUGAAUAGAUUUCCAGUAGAAUUAAAAUCUAAAUAGCGAGACUUAAACCUUGAUAAAGUCACGUAUUAACAACCCCUGAUAAAAACAAGAAGCUUCUCCUUCUAAAUUUCAACUCUCUCUCUUCGAAGCUUUUACCAUUGGUCGCGAAGUAAGCUUCGAAGCAGGAAUCUGUAUUCCCAGCGUAUCGAUUAAGAAAAUACUAUUUAUUAAUUACAGGGGACGAAGUGAAGUGCUUAGAUUUCUUGAUAGCUUCUAUUUUCCAUAAAGUCCUAUAGAAUAACUUUGUGAAAAAUUAGUCAAUUUUUAACGACAGUUAGGUGACGAGAUAGAGCAGAAGUUGCACUUGAAAACGCAUUUGGAUUCAAGUUGAUACGCUCAGCGGUUCCUGAGACACAGGGCUUUAAAGAAUAACAUAGGAUUUUUAAAAUUUAUGAAUGGCCGAAAUUCCAAGAAGCGCCCUGACCGACUUUUUUCCCUGGAAUUGCGUACCCGCGCCGUAGUAGAAAAAACCGGUUUCUCAGCGCCAGUAGUGACCGCGACUGAAUGGACAUAGGGCAGGUCAGUGAAUAGUAGUGACAGAUUCGAGUCUGCGACAAAUCAAACUAGUUUUUUAAAAUUAGGGAUAGCUUCGAGCGGCAAUUCCUCCGCAAUGGAAAGUCGCAUCGACGCCCAACAAAAUUCAUUUUAAAGAAGAAACUUCGAUAUUUCUUCCGGCAUAUAAUUUGUUCAAUAUUUUUUAACAGCUGCGGAGUAAUAUUUAUGUAAAUUUUGUGAACAAAAAUUUCAGUUUUAAUGACAAUACUUUCUCUUUCUUUAAAUUAAAAUUACAAUAGGUAUAGUUUGUAAAAAUUUUUAAUAAUUUGCAAUAAUUACGAUCUUUUUUGUAUAUCAAUUCAGAUACUUAUUUCAUAGAGGUACCUUAAAACCACUCGCUCCUUUUACCUCCACGAACCACGUGAAUUUAUAAGGACGUGCAAUUCAAAGUGCAAGGGAAUUAGAACGUACUUGUAACAAUAUUUUGCUCGACGAUGUAACGAUGCAGUAAUGUAGAAGUAAUAAAACGAUGCUGCAUAGAACAAUA